CUUGACUUCAUCCGCUCCCGGCCCCCAUUGAAGCAGGCAUCAGGGCGUCGGCUGCGGCCACUGCCCCAGAAGCAGAGGACACUCCACGAGAAGAUCCUGGAGGAGAUCAGGCAGGAGAGGAAGCUUCGGCCUGUGGAGAUGCCAUACCAUGGACAGAAAGGCUACAGCUCCCUCCCCUGCAUCCCUCAUGCCUGCUCGGGCCGCCUGGCCUCCAGCUCUUGCCUCGAGCUGUCCCGGUGCCCAGCAAGCACCGCAGCAGCGUGCCCGCGGCCCCGUGUCCUGCUCAAGGCACCCACGCUGGCCGAGAUGGAGGAGAUGAAUGUCUCUGAGGAGGAGGACUCUCCGGGCACAGAGGUGCCGCUGAAGCGGGACCGCUCCUUCUCGGAGCACGACCUGGCACAGCUGCAGAGCCAGAUGGUGGGUGGCCAGGCUGCGCCCCAGGAACCGGAGCCGCUGCAGCCCGAGCCCCGGCCCCGCUCAGGCUCCGUCCCCGCUAGCUGCCACCCGCUGCCAGACAGCUCAGCACCACCCCGGGCUGCCCUCGGUGCCGUGGAGGAGAGGCCAGAGGAUGGAUCCAGCACUGCUGCUAGUACCAGCUCCAAGCACCUCUGGCUGGAGUUCAGCCACCCCGUGGAGAGCCUGGCCCUCACUGUGGAGGAGAUGAUCAACGUGCGCAGGGUGCUGGUCAAGGCUGAGAUGGAGAAGUUCCUGCAGAGCAAGGAGCUGUACAGCAGCCUGCGGAAGGGGAAGGUCUGCUGCUGCUGUAGGGCCAAGUUCCCCCUCUUCUCCUGGCCU